UUCCUCACCCGACCCAAGGCUUUCCUGGUGUCAGUGGGCAAAGAUGCCACCCUGAGCUGCCAGAUUGUGGGCAACCCUGUACCGAUGGUCAGCUGGGAGAAAGAUCAGGUGCCGGUGGCCCCCGGCGGGCGCUUCCGUAUGGCCGAGGAGGGUGACUUGUACCGCCUGACCAUCGUGGAUCUUACCCUGGAGGACAGCGGCCAGUAUAUGUGCCGAGCCCGCAACUCCAUCGGAGAGGCCUUUGCGGCAGUCAGUCUGCAGGUAGGCGAGGACACCAUGCGAGCUGAGCUGGCUCCCUACUUCCUUCUGCGGCCGACAUCGAUCCGGGUGAGCGUGGGAGAGGAUGCCACCUUCCGCUGCAGGGUGCAGGGCAGCCCCCCGAUGUCUGUCAGCUGGACGAAAGAUGGCCGGAGGCUGGGCGAGCCAUCGUCCCCCGAUUUCCACCGAGUGCAGGUUGAGGCCAAGGGUGAAGAUAGCUCCCUGCGGAUCCGGGGUGCCCGUCCCCGAGAUGGAGGCACCUACACCGUCUUUGCGGAGAACCCGAUUGGGUCUACCAGUGCCGCUGCUGCCCUUGUGGUAGACGAGAAGGCCCUGCUGGGUCCCAGGGCUGUUGAUGCCUCCUCUGGGACAACUGCCCUGCUGAACCACCUGCAGAAACGGAGGGAGGAGAUACGGUCGGAAGGCACCGGUUGGAGCUCUAGUCUGGGGCGCUGGACUAGUGGGGGCACACGCACGUGCACUGUGACUGAGGGCAAGCAUGCUCGCCUGAGCUGCUACGUGACUGGGGAGCCCAAGCCUGAGACUAUAUGGAAAAAGGACGGAGAGGUGGUGGUGGAGGGCCGGCGGCACAUGAUAUACGAGGAUGAGCAGGAGAACUUCGUUCUUAAGAUCCUCUUCUGCAAACAGACGGACAAUGGACUCUACACGUGCACAGCCUCCAACCUGGUGGGGCAGACCUAUAGCUCUGUGCUGGUGGUGGUGAGAGAGCCCACUGUACCCUUCAAGAAGAAGCUGCAAGACCUCGAGGUCCGGGAGAAGGAGGCCGCCACAUUCCAGUGUGAGGUGCCUCUGCCCGCCACAGAGGCCUGUUGGUUUAAGGAGGAGACCAGACUGAGGCAAAGCAAAAAGUACAACAUUGAGGAGGAAGGCACGUGGCGCCGGCUGACAGUGCAGAACGUCACUACAGAUGAUGAUGCUGUCUACAUCUGUGAGAUGAAGGAGGGCAGCAGGACCAUUGCUGAGCUGUCUGUCCAAGGCAACAUCACCAAAAAGCUCCCGAGGAAGACCAUGGUACUGACUGGGGACACAGCCAUCUUCUGUGUGGAACUGGCAGAUCCAGCUGAUCCUAUCCAGUGGCUGAGGAACCAAGAGGAGAUCAAGGCUGGGGACCGCAUGACCAUCACUUCCACAGGCACCUGCCACACGCUGACCAUCAAACAGUGCCGCCAGGAGGACGCUGGGGAGGUUGCCUUCCUGGCUGGCCAGUGCAGGACUUCGACCCAGUUCAUUGUGUCCGUCCCCAGGAAGCCUCCUCCACAAGCCCCCUCCGAGCCCGUGGUGAAGGCCAAAACAGACAGCUCUGUGACUCUUGGGUGGUCACCGCCACAGCUAGACCGGCCCAUUGCCAUCGACGGCUAUCUGGUGGAGAAGAGGAGACUGGGCAGCCAGAGGUGGACUCGGUGCCAUGAGGCAGAGAAGGUCUCCAUGCUCGAGGUGACUGUGAGCAGCCUGCUUGAAGCAGGAGAUUAUCAGUUCCGAGUGGCAGCCGUCAACAGCUUUGGCCAGGGCCCCUACCUCGAGUUUCCAGAGACCAUCCACCUGGAACCCCAACUGGCUGUAAAGACACCCCUGCGAGCUGUCGAGGCAGUAGCUGGUGGUGAGGUGACUUUCACUGUGGACCUCACUGUGGCUUCCUCUGGCGAGUGGUUCUUGGAUGGACGAGCCCUGCCAGUCAGUGACAUAUAUGUGAUUCGUUGCAAAGGCACUCAACACUCCCUGACCAUCAGCCCGGUCCCCGCCAACCUGGACGGUGCCCAGCUCAAAUUUGUGGCCAAUGGCAUAGAGAGCAGUAUCCGGAUGGAGGUUAAAGCUGCCCCCGUGCGCAUCACCAACAAGUCGGCGGCCGCGGUGCAGAAGAUCUCGGCCCGCCUGCACGAGGAGGCCCAGCUCUUGGCCGAGCUCUCAGACCAGGCUGCAGCUGUGACGUGGCUGAAGGAUGGCCGGGCCCUGCCCAGCGGGCCCAAGUAUGAGCUCCAGGCCACGGAGCAGCGGCGGGUGCUGCGGGUGCGCGAUGUGGCCAGGGAUGACGCGGGCCUCUAUGAGUGUCUCAGUCCCGGGGACCGCAUUGCCUACCAGCUCUCUGUGCAAGAUCUUGUCCAUUUCCUACACAAAGAUGUGGCAGGAGGAUAUGUGGAAGCUGUGUUGGGGGGCCAGGCCCAGUUUGAGUGUGAGACGUCAGAGGCCCAUGUGAUGGUGCGUUGGUAUAAGGAUGGCACUGAACUCGGUCGUUCCCAGCGCCUCUCCCAAGAAGACAAGGGAACAAAGCACCGGCUGGUGGUGGGCAUGGUCACCAGGCAGGACGAGGGCACGUAUGCCUGCAGAGUUGGUGAAGACACACUGGAAUUCAAGCUCAAGGUGUCUGAUAAAGCAGUGAAAUUUAUCAACAAGCCAGCAUCACCUCCUGAGGUGAUUGUCAGCCCUGGGGGACAACUGGAGCUGGUCUGUGAGGUGUCUGAGGCUGGUGGGACUGUGGUGUGGAAAAGGGAGCAGAAAGAGGUGAAGAAGGACCAGAGGACAGAGAUCCACACCCAGGAUACUCAGCGGACCCUCAUCCUUCACCGGAUGACCCACAGUGACCAGGGCACUUAUAGCUGCCAUGCUGGGGAUGACCAUGUCACUUUCCACGUCCGGGUCCAAGAACCCUCAUCAGUAUUUGCCAAGGAGCAGCCGGGACAGAAUAAGGUGCAGGUGGUGUCUGGGGAAAAUGCUACCCUGGGCUGUGAGGUGGCUCAGCACCAGACAGAUGUUACGUGGUACAAGGAUGGGAAGAAACUCAGCUCAAGCCAGAGGGUGCAUGUGGAGGCCAAGGGCAAGAGCCGGCAGCUGGUGGUGCAGCAGGUGGGGAAAGCAGAUGCUGGAGAGUACAGCUGUGAGGCUGGGGGCCAGAAAGUCACCUUCCGCCUCAGCAUCAAAGAAUCUGUGGCUGUGUUUGCCAAGGAACAGCAGACAGUGAACAAGGUACAGGUCAUGGCUGGUAGCAGCGCCACCCUGAGCUGCGAGCUGGCCCAGGCCCAGACAGAGGUGACCUGGUACAAGGAUGGGAAGAAGCUAAGCCCCAGCCAGAAGGUGCAUGUGGAGGCCAAGGGCCAGGGCCGGCAGCUGGUGGUGCAGCAGGCAGGGAAGGCAGAUGCUGGGGAGUACACCUGUGAGGCCAGGGGCCAGAAGGUCACCUUCCGCUUGGAUGUCAAAGAGUCUGUGGCAGUGUUUGCCAAGGAGCAGCAGACAAAGAAUGAAGUACAGGCCAUGGCUGGUAGCAGCGCCACCCUGAGCUGUGAGGUAGCUGAGGCUCAGACGGAGGUGACAUGGUACAAGGUUGGGAAGAAACUGAGUUCCAGCCAGAAAAUACGUUUCGAAGCUAAGGGCCGGGGCCGGCAGCUGGUGGUGCAGCAGGUGGGGAAGGAGGAUUCUGGGGAGUACACCUGUGAGGCUGGGGGCCAGAAGGUCACCUUCCAUCUGGAUGUCAAAGAAUCUGUGGUGGUAUUUGCCAAGGAGCAGAAGACGAAGAACGAGGUACAGGCCGUGGCUGGUAGCAGCGCCACCCUGAGCUGUGAGGUGGCUGAGGCCCAGACAGAAGUGACCUGGUACAAGGAUGGGAAGAAACUGAGCCCCAGCCAGAAGGUGCAUGUGGAGGCCAAAGGCCAGGACCGGCAGCUGGUGGUGCAGCAGGCAGGGAAGGCUGAUGCUGGGGAGUACACCUGUGAGGCCGGGGGCCAGAAGGUCACCUUCCGCUUAGAAGUCAAAGAAUCAAAGGAAAUAUUUGCCAAGGAGCAGCAGACCCAGAGCAAGGUGGAGGCCGUGGCUGGUAGCAGCGCCACCCUGAGCUGUGAGCUGGCCCAGGCCCAGACAGAGGUGACCUGGUACAAGGAUGGGAAGAAACUGAGCCCCAGCCAGAAGGUGCAUGUGGAGGCCAAGGGCCGGGGCCGGCAGCUGGUGGUGCAGCAGGCGGGGAAGGCAGAUGCUGGGGAGUACACCUGUGAGGCCGGGGGCCAGAAGGUCACCUUCUGCUUAGAAGUCAAAGAAUCUUUGGUAGUGUUUGCCAAGGAACAGAAAACUCAGAACAAGGUGGAGGCCAUGGCUGGUAGCAGCGCCACCCUGAGCUGUGAGCUGGCCCAGGCCCAGACAGAGGUGACCUGGUACAAGGAUGGGAAGAAACUGAGCCCCAGCCAGAAGAUGCACGUGGAGGCCAAGGGCCGGGGCCGGCAGCUGGUGGUGCAGCAGGCGGGGAAGGCAGAUGCUGGGGAGUACACCUGUGAGGCCGGGGGCCAGAAGGUCACCUUCCACUUGGACAUCAAAGAACCCCCAGUGGUGUUUGCCAAGGAACAGCAGACACAAAACAAGGUGGAAGCGGUGGCCGGUAGUAGUGCCACCCUGAGCUGCGAGCUGGCCCAGGCCCAGACAGAGGUGACCUGGUACAAGGAUGGGAAGAAACUGAGCCCCAGCCAGAAGGUGCACGUGGAGGCCAAGGGCCAGGGCCGGCAGCUGGUGGUGCAGCAGGCAGGGAAGGCAGAUGCUGGGGAAUACACCUGUGAGGCUGGGGGCCAGAAGGUCACCUUCUGCUUAGAAGUCAAAGAGCCCCCAGUGGUGUUUGCCAAGGAGCAGCAGACCCAGAACAAGGUGGAGGCCGUGGCUGGUAGCAGCGCCACCCUGAGCUGCGAGCUGGCCCAGGCCCAGACGAAGGUGACCUGGUACAAGGAUGGGAAGAAACUGAGCCCCAGCCAGAAGGUGCAUGUGGAGGCCAAGGGCUGGGGCCGGCAGCUGGUGGUGCAGCAGGCGGGGAAGGCAGAUGCUGGGGAGUACACCUGUGAGGCUGGAGGCCAGAAGGUCACCUUCCAUCUGGACGUCAAAGAGUCUGUGGUGGUAUUUGCCAAGGAGCAAAACAUGCAGAAUGAAGUACAGGUAAUAUCUGGGGCCAGCGCCACCCUGAACUGUGAAGUGGCUCAGGCCCAGACAGAGGUGACCUGGUACAAGGAUGGGAAGAAACUGAGCCCCAGCCAGAAGGUGCACGUGGAGGCCAAGGGCCAGGGCCGGCAGCUGGUGGUGCAGCAGGCAGGGAAGGCAGAUGCUGGGGAGUACACCUGUGAGGCCGGGGGCCAGAAGGUCACCUUCCGUCUAGAUGUCAAAGAUUCUGUGGUGGUAUUUGCCAAGGAGCAGCAGACCCAGAACAAGGUACAGGCCGUGGCCGGUAGCAGUGCCACCCUGAGCUGCGAGCUGGCCCAGGCCCAGACAGAGGUGAUCUGGUACAAGGAUGGGAAGAAACUGAGCCCCAGCCAGAAGGUGCAUGUGGAAGCCAAGGGCCGGGGCCGGCAGCUGGUGGUGCAGCAGGCGGGGAAGGCAGAUACUGGGGAGUACACCUGUGAGGCUGGGGGCCAGAAGGUCACCUUCCAUCUGGACGUCCAAGAACCGGAAACAAAAGCACCCGAGAAACCUGCCAAGAGGGAGCCGUUGGUGGUGCGGGAGCACGAGGACAUCAUUCUGUCAGCCACAGUCACGCCGGCCACAGCCACCGUCACAUGGCUUAAGGAUGGGCUGGAGAUCAGGCGCAGCAAGCGCUAUGAGUUUUCGAGGGAGGGAACCACCCACACCCUCACUGUGUAUGGUGCCCAGACCCAAGACAGUGCCAUCUAUACCUGCAUGGCCAACAAGGAGAAGCAAGACUUUCCCGUCCAGGUAGAAGAGGUCCCUGUGAAGUUUGCCCAGCCCCUGGAGCCAGUGAGUGGAGAGGUUGGGCAGACAGUGGUGCUGUCCUGUGAGCUGAGCCAUGCACUGGGCAAUGUGGUGUGGCGCCAUGGCGGGAUGGAGAUCCGUCCAGGCAAGCGAUUCCAGAUGGCGUCAGAUGGGCCCCGGCGCACCCUCACCAUCAUGGGACUAAGGGCUGAGGAUGAGGGCGAGUACUGCUGUGAGAGUCGCAAUGACAAGACCAUCACCCAGCUCACAGCCAUCGUCCCCCGAAUGGUCACGUUCACAUCAGGCCUGAGCAAUGCGGUCUCUGAAGAAGGCUCCGAGGCCACGUUCCAGUGCGUCGUUGCCCCCAGCAAUGCUGUGGUGGUCUGGAGUCGGGAUGGUGUGAAGCUGGAGCCUGGAGCUAAGUAUGUCAUCUCUCAGAGUGACGCCAGCCACAGCCUCGUCGUUACCGCCCUGACCCUCGAGGAUGCCGGCCAGAUCACGGCCGAGGCCGAAGGGGUCACCACGACGGCCAGUCUCAGAGUCCGAGAAGCCCCAGUGCUAUUCAAGAGGAAGCUGGAGCCAACAACGGUGGAAGAGAAGGGUUCAGUGACAUUAGAAGUAGAACUGACCAAACCUUGUUCUUCUGUGAGAUGGACUCGGAACAGUGCAGCCUUGGUGCCCAGUGAGAAUGUGGAGAUCCGGGCUGAAGGCACCCACCAUAGCCUGCUCCUUAAGAAUGUGAGCUUCUCCGACCGGGGCUUUAUUGGCUGCGAGACACCAGAUGACAAGACGCAGGCUAAGCUCAAUGUGGAGAUGCGUCAGAUCCGGCUGGUACGAGGCCUGCAGGCCAUAGAGGUGCGGGAACAGGAGACAGUGUCCCUGGAGGUAGAGCUCUCACACAGCGAUGUGGAAGGCUACUGGACCCGAGAUGGCCUGAAGCUCAAGUCUCAGAAUAACUGCUGUAUCACAGUCCAGGGUGUGAUUCACAAACUGACCCUGUCCUCCCUGGGUCUGAAGGAUGCUGGUCUCAUAGUCUUCAAGGCAGAGGGUGUUCACACAUCUGCAAAACUCACUGUCCUUGAGCUUCCUGUGAAGUUCAGCCAUCCCUUGCAGGACAUUGUGGCUACAGAGAAGGAGAAGGUCAUUUUGGAGUGUCAAUUAUCCCGGGCCAAUCAUGAUGUCAAGUGGUUGAAGGAUGGAGUGGUGCUUCAAGCAGGGAAAGCACUGGGAAUUGUUUCCCAGGGGACCAAGAGGAGCCUUGUCAUCCACAAGUGUGAGUCUGGAGACCAAGGUACCUAUGUAUGUGACGCUGGUGAUGCCAAGACUUCAGCCACGCUGCAGGUGCAAGGCAGGAACAUACAGAUCGUGAAGCACCUGGAGGAUGUGGAGGUGAUGGAGAAGGAGAGUGCAACCUUCACCUGCCAGAUCUCCCAUGAUGAGGUGCAGACCCAAUGGUACAAGAAUGAUGGCAAGCUCCGGCCUGGGGACAACAUCAGGAUGCGCCAGGAAGGAAAGACCUACUCCUUGCACUACUGGAAAGUCAUGGUAGAAGAUGCAGCAGAGAUCAAAUUUGUGGCGGAGAAUGCAGAAUCUCGAGCCCAGCUCAUAGUGAAAGAGCUGCCAGUGGUGAUUGUGCGGCCACUGCGGGACAAAAUUGCUAUGGAGAAGCACCGGGGAGUGCUAGAAUGCCAGGUGUCACGGGCUAGCGCCGAGGUGCGAUGGUUCAAGAAGGAUGUGGAGCUCCAUGCUGGGCCCAAAUAUGAGAUGGUCAGUGACGGCAUCUAUCGGAAGCUCAUCAUCAGUGAUGCUCGACCAGAGGAUGAGGAUACAUAUACCUGUGAUGCUGGCGAUGCUAAGACCAGCGCUCAUUUCUAUGUGGAAGAACAAUCCAUUACCAUCGUACGGAACCUGAAAGACGUGGAAGUGAUGGAACCAGCUCCAGCCUGGUUUGAGUGUGAGACCUCCAUCCCAUCUGUCCGUCCCCCCAAGUGGCUGCUAGGCAAGACAGUUCUGCAUGCUGGGCGAGAUAUCACCAUCGAACAAAUGGAGACAGUCCACCGUCUGACCCUGCAUCGCACCUGCUCCACCAUGACGGGCCCUGUGCACUUUACCAUUGGCAAAUCCAAGUCCACAGCUCAGCUCAUUGUUUCAGAUAUCCCUGUGCUGCUGACCCGGAAGAUGGAGGACAAGACUGGCCGGGAGAAACAAUCUGUGGUCCUCUCUUGUGAUUUCAAGCCCGCUCCUAAGGCAGUGCAGUGGUACAAGGAUGACACCCUAAUUGAGCCCUCUGACAAAUACAAGAUGAAGCUGGAAAAUCACAUGGCAGAGCUGAGGAUCCUGAAGCUCACACCUAGCGAUGCUGGUGUCUACCGGUGCCAGGCGGGCAACGCUGACAGCAGUGCCACAGUCACUGUGGAAGCUCGUGAAGUAGCAGUGAUACGGCCCCUUCAGGACGUGGAGGUGAUGGAGGAGGGCAGUGCCAGCUUCUCGUGCGAGCUGUCUCAUGAGGACGAGGAGGUAGAAUGGCUGCUGAAUGCGACAUUGCUCUAUAAUGACAGCUUUCACGAAAUCAACCACAAGGGAAGCUGCCAUACGCUGGUGCUUAAGCAUGUGAGCCUGACGGACACAGGCACUGUGAGUCUCAAGUCAGCCAAGGUGUCCCAGUCAGCCCGGCUGAUGGUGAAAGAGAAGCCUGUGGUGUUUCUCAAGCCCCUGGAUGACAUGGCAGGUGAAGAGAGGGGCCAGCUGGCUCUGGAAUGUGAGGUCUCCCACCCCAAGGCUCAAGCCAUCUGGAGAAAGGAUGGUGUGGAGCUGGGCCCCAGCGACAAAUAUGAUUUCCUGCACACUGACCGUACCCGAGGCCUUGUGAUACAUGACCUGUGCCGGGACGAUGCUGGCCUCUACACCUGCGACAUCGGCAGUGACCUGACCCGCUCCCAAGUCAGCGUGCAUGACCUGCACAUUGGCAUCACCAAACGAUUGAAGACCACAGAGGUGCAAGAGGGAGAGAGCUGCACUUUGGAGUGCAUCCUGUCCCACCAGAGUACUGGCGAUGUGGGCACGUGGACAGUCAAUGGGAAAGACGUGGGCAGCUCUGGCCGCUUCCGGGCCUCAUGCCAAGGCCGGAAGUACAUCCUCACACUCCAAGAUGCAGCAAUGUCGGAUGCUGGUGAGGUGGUGUUCACUGUCCGUGAUCUCACUUCUAAAGCCUCCCUGAUCAUCAAAGAGAAGCCAGCAUCCAUCACCAAGCCCCUGGAGGACCAGAGGGCACCAGCUGGGGAGGAUGUGACCCUAAGCUGUGAACUCUCCAAGGCAGGUGCCACCGUGAGGUGGUUGAAGGAUGGCAAAGCAAUCAGAAAGGGUCCCAGAUAUGACCUACGCUGCGAGGGCUCCCAGGCCAUUCUUGUCAUCCGUGCAGCCUCCCUCAAGGACUCUGGCGAGUACACAUGUGAGACUGAGACCUCGAAGAGCAAAGCCACCCUUAGGGUGGAAGAAAAGCCCAACCGCUUCACCAAAGAGCUGACAGAUGUGAAGGGCGAGGAGAAGGGCACGGCGGUAUUUGAGUGUGAAACAGAGAAGCCAGCAGCAGCAGUGAUAUGGCGGAAGGGUAUCGCAGAGCUGCGGCCCACCAGAAAGCAUGUGCUUAGCCAGGCAGGCACGGCUCUGAAACUCACCAUCUCCACCCUGGAGAAAGGAGACAGUGACACCUAUACCUGUGACAUUGGGGAUGCCCAGUCCCAGGCUCAGCUCGUGGUGCGAGGCCAAAAAAUCCUUAUCACCGAGGACCUGGAAGAUGUGGAGGUUUCUGAGGGGUCCUCAGCAACAUUUCGAUGCCGGAUCUCACCUGCUGACUACAGUCCUGUUCAGUGGUUUCUGGAUAAAACCCCACUACACACAAAUGAACUCAAUGACAUUCAGGUGCAGCCGGGAGGCUGCCACAUGCUGACUGUGAAGCAGCUUGCCGUCAAGGACUCGGGUACAAUCCACUUUGAGGCAGGUGACCAGAGGACUUCUGCUGCCCUGAGAGUCACAGAGAAACCCUCCGAAUUUUCGCGGGAGCUUACUGAUGCUACAGUUACUGCUGGGGAGACUCUGACCCUUUGCUGUGAGACCACAAUCCCAGACAGCCCAGUGCACUGGACCAAGGAUGGGAAGGCCCUAAAGCCAUCAACCAAGUGCCAGCUCAGCCGUGAAGGCUGUGAAGCCCGGCUGGUUAUCACCAGUGCCAGAGAACAAGAUGGUGGGCGCUAUGAGUGUGAAUUUGGCAAGGCCCGGACUAGCUCCAUUGUCAGGAUCAAAGCUGCACCAAUCUACUUCAAAGAGGGGCUGAAGGCCAUAGAAGUGUCGGAGGGGGGAGCCACCACCCUGCGCUGUGUGCUCUCUGCUGUGGCUGCCCCGGUGGAAUGGCGCAAGGCCAGCGAGGUGAUCCGUUCAAGCAACAAGUAUCACCUCCGGCAGGAAGGAGCCACUCUUGAGCUGAUUGUCCGAGACCUGGAACCGGAGGACAGCGGGGAGUAUUCCUGUGUCUUCAAGGACCAGAAGACCACAGCCAUCUUGACUGUCAAGGAGCUCCCUAUAAGGUUCAUGGUUGAACUCCAAAGUACAGAGUCCCUAGAAGGAACCACAGCCACGUUGCAGUGUCAGCUGAGCAAGGCAGCUCCCGUGGAGUGGAAGAAAGGCCUGAAGAGGCUCCGAGCCAGUGACAGAUACCACCUGAGACAGGACGGGGCUGUGUGCGAGUUGGUAAUCCCUAGCCUUGAUGUGGAUGACACUGGAGACUAUACCUGUAUAUGUGGAGAGGAGAAGACCACAGCGACCUUGACAGUGAAGGCCUUGCCCGCCAACUUCAUAGAAGGACUGAAGAGCACAGAAGCCAAAGAAGGAGACAUGGCCACACUGAGGUGUGAGUUGAGUAAGGCAGCUCCUGUGGAGUGGAGAAAGGGUCUGAAGAGGCUCCGAGCCAGUGACAGAUACAGCCUGAGGCAGGACGGGGCUGUGUGUGAACUGGUGAUCCAUAAGCUGGAUGUGGAUGAUUCAGGAGACUACACCUGUGUGUGUGGAGAAGCAAUGAGCACAGCGACCUUGACAGUGAAGGCCCUACCUGCCAAGUUCAUUGAAGGACUACAGAGCAUGGAAGCCAUAGAAGGUACCUCAUCCUCAAUGCGUUGUAGGCUAAGCAAGAUGGCCCCAGUGGAGUGGAAGAAGGGGCUAAAGAGGCUCCGAGCCAGUGACAGAUACAGCCUGAGGCAGGAUGGGGCUGUGUGUGAGCUGGUGAUCUUCAACCUUAAUGUCGAUGAUACAGGAGAUUACACUUGUGUGUGUGGGGAGGAGAAGACCACAGCAACUUUGACCGUGAAGGCCCUGCCCACUCGGUUCAUCAAAGAUCUGGGAAGUAUGGAAGCAGCUGAAGGGGCCACGGCCACACUACGCUGUGAGCUGAGCAAAGCAGCCCCUGUGGAGUGGAGGAAAGGGCAGGAGAAGCUCCCAGCCAGUGACAGAUACAGCCCAAGGCAGGAUGGGGCUGUGUGUGAGUUGGUGAUCCACAGGCUGGACAUGGAAGAUGCUGGAGACUACACCUGUGUGUGUGGAGAAGAGAAGACCACAGCAAAUCUGAAUGUCAAGGCUGUGCCGGCUGAAUUCACAAAAGGCCUAAAGAUCAUGGAGGCCACUGAAGGGUCUAUGGUCACCCUACACUGUGAGUUGAGCAAGGCAGCCCCUGUGGAGUGGAGGAAGGGGCCAGAGAUGCUCAGAGCCAGUGACAGAUACAGCCCAAGGCAGGAUGGGGCUGUGUGUGAGCUGGUGAUCCCAAGGCUGGCCAUGGAAGAUGCUGGAGACUACAGCUGUGUGUGUGGAGAGGAGAAGACCAAGGCCACCUUGACCGUCAAGGCCCUUCCUGCCCAGUUCACACAGGUUCUGAGGGCUGUGGAAGCCACAGAAGGAGAUAAAGCCAUACUGAGGUGUCAACUGAGCAAGACAGCCACUGUGGAGUGGAGGAAGGGGCCAGAGAGGCUUCAAGCCAGUGACAAAUACAGCCCAAGGCAAGAUGGGGCUGUGUGUGAGCUGGUGAUCCCUAGGCUGGCCAUGGAAGAUGCUGGAGACUAUACCUGUGUGUGUGGAGAGGAGAAGACCAAGGCCACCUUGACUGUCAAGGCCCUGCCUGCCAAGUUCACAAAAGUUCUACAGAAGACUGAGGCCACUGAAGGAUCCAUGGUCAUCCUACACUGUGAGCUGAGCAAGGCAGCCCCUGUGGAGUGGAGGAAGGGGCCAGAGAAGCUGCAAGCCAGUGACAGAUACAGCCUGAGGCAGGAUGGGGCUGUGUGUGAGCUGGUGAUCCCCAGGCUGGACAUGGAAGAUGCUGGAGACUACACCUGUGUGUGCAGAGACGAGAUGACCACAGCGAUUCUGACUGUGAAGGCCCUGCCUGCCAAGUUCACAAAAGUUCUACAGAAGACUGAGGCCACUGAAGGAUCCAUGGUCACCCUACACUGUGAGCUGAGCAAGGCAGCCCCUGUGGAGUGGAGGAAGGGGCCAGAGAAGCUUCAGGCCAGUGACAGAUACAGCGUGAGGCAGGAUGGGGCUGUGUGUCAGCUGGUGAUCCCUAGACUGGCCAUGGAUGAUGCUGGAGACUACACCUGUGUGUGUGGGGAGGAGAAGACCAAGGCAACCUUGAUUGUCAAGGCCCUGCCUGCCAAGUUCACAAAAGUUCUACAGAAGACUGAGGCCACUGAAGGAUCCAUGGUCAUCCUACACUGUGAGCUGAGCAAGGCAGCCCCUGUGGAGUGGAGGAAGGGGCCAGAAAAACUCCAAGCCAGUGACAGAUACAGCGUGAGGCAGGAUGGGGCUGUGUGUGAGCUGGUGAUCCCCAUCCUGGCCAUGGAAGAUGCUGGAGAUUACACCUGUGUGUGUGGGGAGGAGAAGACCAACGCAACCUUGAUUGUCAAGGCCCUGCCUGCCAAGUUCACAAAAGUUUUACAGAAGACUGAGGCCACUGAAGGGUCCAUGGUCACCCUACACUGUGAGCUGAGCAAAGCAGCCCCUGUGGAGUGGAGGAAGGGGCCAGAGAAGCUGCAAGCCAGUGACAGAUACAGCCUGAGGCAGGAUGGGGCUGUGUGUGAGCUGGUGAUCCCCAGGCUGGACAUGGAAGAUGCUGGAGACUACGCCUGUGUGUGCAGAGACGAGAUGACCACAGCGAUUCUGACUGUGAAGGCCCUGCCUGCCAAGUUCACAAAAGUUCUACAGAAGACUGAGGCCACUGAAGGGUCUGUGGCCACUCUACACUGUGAGCUGAGCAAGGCAGCCCCUGUGGAGUGGAGGAAGGGGCCAGAAAAGCUCCAAGCCAGUGAUAGAUACAGCGUGAGGCAGGAUGGGGCUCUGUGUGAGCUGGUGAUCCCCAUGCUGGCCAUGGAAGAUGCUGGAGAUUACACCUGUGUGUGUGGGGAGGAGAAGACCAAGGCAACCUUGAUUGUCAAGGCCCUGCCUGCCAAGUUCACAAAAGUUUUACAGAAGACUGAGGCCACUGAAGGGUCCAUGGUCACCCUACACUGUGAGCUGAGCAAAGCAGCCCCUGUGGAGUGGAGGAAGGGGCCAGAGAAGCUUCAGGCCAGUGACAGAUACAGCGUGAGGCAGGAUGGGGCUGUGUGUGAGCUGGUGAUCCCCAUCCUGGCCAUGGAAGAUGCUGGAGAUUACACCUGUGUGUGUGGGGAGGAGAAGACCAAGGCAACCUUGAUUGUCAAGGCCCUGCCUGCCAAGUUCACAAAAGUUUUACAGAAGACUGAGGCCACUGAAGGGUCCAUGGUCACCCUACACUGUGAGCUGAGCAAAGCAGCCCCUGUGGAGUGGAGGAAGGGGCCAGAGAAGCUGCAAGCCAGUGACAGAUACAGCCUGAGGCAGGAUGGGGCUGUGUGUGAGCUGGUGAUCCCCAGGCUGGACAUGGAAGAUGCUGGAGACUACACCUGUGUGUGCAGAGACGAGAUGACCACAGCGAUUCUGACUGUGAAGGCCCUGCCUGCCAAGUUCACAAAAGUUCUACAGAAGACUGAGGCCACUGAAGGAUCCAUGGUCACCCUACACUGUGAGCUGAGCAAGGCAGCCCCUGUGGAGUGGAGGAAGGGGCCAGAGAAGCUUCAGGCCAGUGACAGAUACAGCGUGAGGCAGGAUGGGGCUCUGUGUGAGCUGGUGAUCCCCAGGCUGACCAUUGAAGAUGCUGGAGACUAUACCUGUGUGUGUGGAGAGGAGAAGACCAAAGCCACCUUAACUGUUAAGGCUUUGCCUGCUCAAUUCACAAAAGGUCUGUGGAGCAUAGAGGCUAACGAAGGGGCCACAGCAACACUGCACUGUGAGCUGAGCAAGGUAGCCCCUGUGGAGUGGAGGAAGGGGCCAGAAAAGCUCCAAGCCAGUGACAGAUACAGCCCAAGGCAGGAUGGGGCUGUGUGUGAGCUGGUGAUCCACAGGCUGGACGUGGAAGAUGCUGGAGACUACACCUGUGUGUGUGGGGAGGAGAAGACCAAGGGAACCUUGACUGUCAAGGCCCUGCCUGCCAAGUUCACAAAAGUUCUGCAAAAGACUGAGGCCACUGAAGGAUCUAUGGUCACCCUAUACUGUGAGCUGAGCAAAGCAGCCCCUGUGGAGUGGAGGAAGGGGCCAGAGAAGCUUCAGGCCAGUGACAGAUACAGCCUGAGGCAGGAUGGGGCUGUGUGUGAGCUGGUGAUCCCCAUGCUGGCCAUGGAUGAUGCUGGAGACUAUACAUGUGUGUGUGGAGAGGAGAAGACCAAGGCCACCUUGACUGUCAAGGCCCUGCCUGCCAAGUUCACAAAAGUUCUACAAAAGACUGAGGCCACUGAAGGCUCCAUGGUCACCCUACAUUGUGAGCUGAGCAAGGCAGCCCCUGUGGAGUGGAGGAAGGGGCCAGAGAAGCUUCAGGCCAGUGACAGAUACAGCGUGAGGCAGGAUGGGGCUUUGUGUGAGCUGGUGAUCCCCAGGCUGGCCAUGGAUGAUGCUGGAGACUAUACAUGUGUGUGUGGAGAGGAGAAGACCAAGGCCACCUUGAUUGUCAAGGCUCUGCCUGCCAAGUUCAUAAAAGUUCUCCAGAGCAUUGAGGCCACUGAAGAAUCUAGGGUCACCUUACACUGUGAGCUGAGCAAGGCAGCCCCUGUGGAGUGGAGGAAGGGACGGGAGAAGCUCCAAGUCAGUGACAGAUACAACCCAAGGCAGGAUGGAGCUGUGUGUGAGCUGGUGAUCCCCAGGCUGGCCAUGGAAGAUGCUGGAGACUAUACCUGUGUGUGCGGAGAGGAGAUGACCACAGCGACUCUGACUGUCAAGGCCCAAACGGUGGUGUUCCGGAAACCCCUGAAAAGCCAGCAGGCUGAUGAGGGUGGGAUGGCUACCCUUCGGUGUGAACUCUCUAAGCCUGAAGCCCCAGUGAUCUGGAGCAAAGGUGGCCUGGAGAUUCAGGCUGAUGAGAGGAUCCAGGUACGCCAGAGGGGCUGUAUAGCCGAGUUGCUGAUUAGUCACCUGCAGCUGGAGGACACGGGGGACUACAGUUGUGACUGUGGCGACCAGACCACCAGCGCCACUCUGACUGUCAAAGCCCCUGGAGGAGCAAUCCCCAGUCUUGGCAUUGUCCUCUCCGCCUUUGUAGCCCUGCCUGUGGUGUUCCAGAAGAAGCUGCAGGCCCAGGAUGGGGAGGUGGGCUCCACCAUUCGGCUACACUGUGAGCUCAGCAAGGAGGACGCAAGUGUGGAGUGGAGGAAGGGAGCAGUGCAGCUGUUUCCCUGUGCCAAAUAUGAGAUGGUGCUCAAGGGGACAGUGGCCGAGCUCCUCAUCCACGAUGCUGAACAGGAGGACACGGGUGACUACACAUGUGACACGGGGGACCAGCAGACCACUGCUACCCUUACAGUGAAUGUCCCCAAGCCCAAGUUCAAGACUCGCCUGCACAGUGAAGAGCUGGAGGAAGGUACUACAGCCCGACUACACUGUGAGCUGAGUGUGGCCCAGGCCACUGUUGAGUGGAGGAAGGAGGGUGAGCUGCUGCGGCCUGGCUCCAAGUAUGAGAUGAGGAAGGAAGGAAGUAUCUGUGAGCUUCUGAUACAUGGCCUGGAGGCCAAGGACACUGGCGAGUAUGCCUGUGUGGCUGGUGAUCAGAAGACCCUGGCUACAGUCAAGGUGAAAGAGCCUGAAGUGACCAUCGUCAAAGGACUGACAGACACGGAGGUAUUUGCCGAUGAGGACGUUGAGUUCCGCUGUGAAGUAUCCAGGGAGCAGGCAGGGAACGUGGAGUGGAAGCUGCAGGGCCUGGCCUUGCAGGCCAAUGAGAUGAAUGAGAUCUCUGUUGUGGGAGGCCGGACGCACACACUGAAGCUGAGGAACGUCACACUAGAAGACACCGGCACCAUCUCCUUCUCUGUGGGCCAACACACGUCAACGGCUGAGCUCGUCGUCAAAGCCCCACCUCCUACCUUCUCAGAGAAGCUGCAGAACAUGGAGGCCAAGGAAGCCUCAUCCGUCACACUCCGCUGCAUGCUGGCCUCUGAUGGAGCCCAGGUGGAGUGGAAGAAAGGUGGGGAGAAGAUCACCCCCAGCGCCAAGUAUGAGCUCCAGCAGCAGGGCACCAUCCACACCUUGAGAAUCCACCACCUCACCGCUGACGAUGAAGGUGAAUACACGUGCGAGAGUGGAAAGGAGAAUACAACAGCAGCUUUGACCAUCCAAGCUGCCCCGGCUCUCUUCAAGCGUGAGCUCCAGCCCCAAGUAGCCCGAGAGGGAGCUGUGGCCAUUCUGCAGGCCGAGCUCACCAAGCCUGAUGCGCCAGUCUUCUGGAAACGGGGGUCCGUCCGACUUCAGCCCAGCGCCAAGUAUGAGAUGAAGCAGGAUGGGGUGGUGGUGGAGCUGGUCAUCCGAGACCUGCAACCCUCCGACGCUGGCAGCUAUACCUGCGACUCCACGGACCAGCAGACGACAACUACUCUGAGCGUCACAGUGCCUGAGGUCAGCAUUAUCGAGCCCCUUCAGGACGUGAAGCUGUUUGAGGGGGAGGAUGCCAAGUUUGUGUGCCGGCUGUCCAGGGCCCUGAAGCAGGAGGCCCAGUGGCGCCUGGGCGGUGUGCCCCUCCAGUCCAAUGAGAUGAAUGAGAUCACCGUGGAGCACGGCACCCUCCACGUCCUCACCCUCCGCAAGGUGACUGUGGAGGAUGCCGGUGUUGUCAGCUUUCACGUGGGGACCAGCAGCUCGGAAGCCCAGCUCAGCGUCACAGCAGCUCCUUCUGUAUACUUCCAAGAAGAACUCCAGGAUGUCACUUCAACCGAGCAAGGCACAGCCACCCUGCGCUGUGAAAUUUCUACACCUGGCAUCCCUGUGGAAUGGAGGAAAGGAGGGCAGGUCCUGAAGGCCAGUGCCAAGCAUGAGAUCCGCCAGGUGGGCACCCAGGCUGAACUCAUCAUCCACACCUUGGAGGCAGAAGACAUCGGCGCCUACACGUGCAUCGUGGGAGACAAGCAGAGCACGGCCACUGUCUCCGUACAAGCAGCAACACCUGUACACUUCCAAGAAGAACUCCAGGAUGUCACUUCAACAGAGCAAGGCACAGCCAUCCUGCACUGUAAAAUUUCUACACCUGGCACCCCUGUGGAAUGGAGAAAAGGAGGGCAAGUUCUGAAGGCCAGUGCCAAGUAUGAGAUCCGCCAGGUGGGUACCCAGGCUGAACUCAUCAUCCACACGUUGGAGGCAGAAGACGUUGGCGCCUACACGUGCAUCGUGGGAGACAAGCAGAGCACGGCCACCGUCUCCAUACAAGAAGAGGAAUUUCGGCUAGUGCGUGGUUUACAGAAUGUCGACGUCUUUGUGGGCGAGGCAGCCACCUUCUCCUGUGAGCUGUCUGCCAGGGGCAUCGGCAGGGCCCGCUGGUGGCUGGAUGGGACCCGGCUCCAGGACAGUCCCCUCAGUUCAAUCUCAGUGCACGGCGGGACAGUCCACACCUUGACGCUCAGGGACCUGGGGCCCCAGGACUCAGGGACCGUCACCUUCCGGGCUGGGUCCCUCGUGUCCUCAGCUAAAUUAUUAAUCAAAGAUCCCACCGUUGAAGUGGUCAGUGCCAUGAAGGACCUGACCGUCGAGGAGAACAGCACGGCCGAAUUCAUAUGCCAGUAUUCCCGGCCUGUACAGGCCACAUGGAAGAUCAAUGAGCAGGAGGUCUGUGUGGACGGGAAGCGCAUCAUUGUUGAGCAGGAUUGGAAUGUAGCCAAGCUAACCAUUAAACCUGCCCUCCCGCGUGACAGCGGCCUCUAUUCUUGUGAAGCCGGGGGCACCCGCGUGGUGGCUCUGCUUGACGUCCAAGCCAAGAACACCAUUGUCCGGGGGCUGGAGAACGUGGAGGCAGUGGAAGGAGGAGAGGCCCUGUUUGAGUGCCAUCUAGCCAAGCCAGAGGUUGCCAACCACAGCUGGCUGAUGGAUGAUGUGCCAGUGAGAACCUCAGAAAACAUCGAGAUGGUCUACUUUGAGAAUGGCCGAAGGCACCUGCUACUGCUAAAGAAUUUGACUCCCCAGGACAGCUGCCAAGUGACCUUCCUGGCCAAUGAUAUGGUCACAUCUGCUUUUCUGACUGUCAAAGGUUGGCGUCUGGAAUUCCUGGAGUCUUUGCUCGAUGUGGAGGUCAAGGUUGGCGCCAAAGCCACCUUUGGCUGUGUGCUCAGUGAGACAGUCCCUGUCAAUGAGGUGACCUGGUACUCCAAUGGCACUGAAAUUCAGCCAGAUGAGGACUGGGCGAUCCAAGCCGAUGGCAGCCGCCACAUCUUGCUCCUCAGGAAUGCCCAGCCCCACCAUGCUGGGGAGGUGACCUUUGCGGCCAGAGACGCUGUCGCCUCAGCCAAGCUGUCUGUGAUCAGUCUCCCUGACCCUCCUGAAGAUGCUGAGGUUGUGAAACAGAGUGGCCACACGGUGACCUUGUCAUGGGCAGCACCAGGGAGCGAUGGUGGCGCUGGCCUCCUUGGGUACAGGGUGGAAAUGAAGACAGCAACAGGAGAAUGGCAGUCAUGUCACAAAGACCUGGUUCCAGGCACCGAGUGUGUGGUGAGCGACCUGGUUCCCGGGGAGCCCUACCGCUUCCGAAUUGCAGCUGUAGGUCAGGUGGGCAUAGGAGAGCCUGUGCACCUGCCUCAGACAGUAAAGCUUGAGCCUAUAGAGGCAGUCGCCUCACCCUCUGUAAGCAAGUUGGUGGUGGUUGGGGAGGAAGCUCGCCUAGAGUGUGAGAUGACGGGUGAGAUCCAGGAGGUGACCUGGAGGAGAGGGAAUGAACUGAUUCAGCCUGGAGGCCGCUAUGAGCUCAUCUCCAAAGGCAAGAAGCAAACACUAGUGAUCCAUGGGUUCCGACCCGAUGACCAAGGCUCCUACACCUGUAGCUCCACUAGCAGCAAAGCCCCAGCUGCUGCAUCUUUUGAAGUGGCAGUAUCCCAGGCCCCCGAGGCAGAAGCCUUGCCAGAUGGCCUUGCCCAGCCCAGCUUGCCCCCUGAGGCAGCCCAGGAAGGAGACCUGCACCUGCUGUGGGAGGCUCUCGCCAAAAAGCGCCGCAUGAGCCGGGAGCCCACCCUGGACUCAAUCAGCGAGCUGCCUGAGGAGGAUGAGCGGCUGCAGAGGCUUCGACGAGAAGUCGAGGAAGCUGUCCAGGACUUCUCCGAGGGCUACUCCACUCCUGACGAGCUGGCCCGCACUGGCGAGGCCGACCUCUCACACACCAGUUCUGACGACGAGUCCCGGGCUGGCACCCCAUCCCUUGUCAGCUACCUCAAGAAGGCAGGAAAGCCUGGGAGCAAAGCCAAGGCCCCUGGGGCUGCCACUGCAAGCAAGCUCAGGAAGCCAUGGGAGCAGGCAGAAGCUGAGCCCAUGGCCACCCCUAAGCUGCCUAGCGACCUGACUGCUGAGAUUUUGGAGGACCCCUCCAUGGAUAAGGCUGCCAUAAAAAUACAGGCAGCUUUCAAAGGCUAUAAGGUGAGAAAGGAGAUGAAGCAACAUGAGGGUCCUAGCUUCCGGGAUACUUUUGGGGACAUGGUGGUGGAAGCAGGAGGCUCCCUGCACCUAGAAUGUGUGGCUGUCAGCAAGACAGACAUGAGAACCUGCUGGCUUAAGGAUGGAGUAGAGUUGACAGAUGGACGGCACUACCACAUUGACAACUAUGGGGACGGUACCUGCUCCCUGCUGGUCACCGGCCUGGAGGCCAGUGAUGCUGGCUGCUAUACCUGCCAGGUGACCAACAAGUUUGGCCGCAUCUCCCACAGUGCCCAAGUGAUGGUAACAGGGGCCACGGUGACCAGCGGAGCUGAGAGCGAGGCAGAAAGUUCAUCAGGCAGUGAAGUAGAUGACGCAUUCCGCCAAGCCGCCCGGAGACUACACCGGCUGUUCCGGACCAAGGCCGCUGCAGAAGUAUCUGAUGAGGAGCUGUUCUUCAGUGCGGAGGAGGGCAGUGUGGAGCUGGAAGAGCCCAGUGACCGGCAAACCUAUCGUGAAGAUGACCGCUAUAUUUAUAUUCGAUUUGAGACUGCCAGUGAGGCCCGCCAGGCUACUACUCGCUUCCGAGAGAUGUUUGCAGCUCUGGGCAUCCCAGUGGAAAUCAACAUUCUGGAGCAAGGGCCCUGCAAGGUGGAGAUGCGUAUCAUGAAGGUGGCACAACCCCCAGCAGGCCAGCUUGCCUACCCCGCGGCCCCCAAAGAGCACCCUUCAACACUGUUGACCUCUGACACAGCCCCUGUUUUCUUGACGGAGCUGCAGAACCAGGAAGUGCAGGAUGGCUACCCUGUGAGCUUCGACUGUGUGGUGGCUGGUCACCCAGUGCCCAGCGUGCGCUGGUUCAAAGACGGCAAGGUGCUAGAAGAGGACGACCACUAUAUGAUCAAUGAGGACCAGCAAGGCGGCCACCAGCUGAUCAUCACAGCUGUGGUACCUGCUGACAUGGGCGUCUACCGCUGCCUGGCUGAGAACAGCAUGGGCGUCUCUUCUACCAAGGCUGAGCUCCGUGUAGACUUGACUAGCACUGACUAUGACACAGCAGCCGAUGCUACAGAGACUUCUUCCUAUUUCAGUGCUCAGGGCUACCUGUCCAGUCGGGAACAAGAAGGUACAGAGUCAACUUCGGAGGAAGGGCAGCUGCCCCAAAUCCUAGAAGAGCUCCAGGACAUCAAGGUGGCCCCCGGUGCCCGGCUGGCUAAAUUCCACCUCAAAGUGAAAGGGUACCCAGUGCCUCGCCUCUACUGGUUCAAGGAUGGGCAGCCCUUAUCUACCUCCUCCCGGAUCCUAAAGACUGAUAAGAAGACAGUUCACACUCUGGAAAUCCUCAAUGUCACAAAGGAAGAUGCUGGGGAGUAUUCUGCCUACAUCAGGAAUGCUACAGGCUCUGCCUAUUCCUCUGCCCGGCUGCUGGUCCAGGGUCCCAAUGAACCAGAUAAGAAGAUAGAUUCAGAUUUCCACGAACAACUUGUGCCUCCAAGGUUCCUAGAAAGAUUUACCAAUAAGAAAGUGAAGAAGGGCUCUAACAUCACCCUCUCGGUGAAAGUUGAAGGGCAGCCGCCUCCGACGGUGAACUGGCUAAAGGAAGAAGCCAAUGAAGAUGUCCUGUGGAUCCGAACUGAUACUCCAGGCUACAAGGUUGCCAGCUCCAACCUUCAGCACAGCCUCAUCCUCCUGGACAUAAGGAAGCAACAUGAGGGUUCCUACACAUGCAUUGCCACUAAUGGGGCUGGGCAAUCCAUCUGCUCUGCUACCCUGAAAGUCACAGAUGCUCCGGAGACAGAUAGGGCAGCUAAAGGGCAGAAGAAAGUCACGGAAGCCCUCAUUUCAAACCUCCUGCAGGGAGCUGGAGCCGGCUCAGUCCAGACAUCAGAAACCACAGACUUUAACGAAGUUGACCGACCAAAGAAAGGAGAACCAUCAGAAACUGAUGAGAGCCGAGGGCACAUUUCCCUCGCUGACGUUGGAACUGAAGAAUUCCUCCAGAAGUUGACAUCCCAGAUUACUGAGAUGGUGUCUGCCAAGAUCACUCAAGCCACUCUCCGGGUCCCUGGAGGGGAGAGUGAUGAUGAAUCCAAGACCCCUUCCCCAUCUCCCCGGCAUGGUCGGUCCCGGCCUUCCUCCAGUGUCCAGGAGUCCUCCUCUGAGUCUGAAGAUGGGGAUGCCAGAGGGGAGAUCUUUGACAUCUAUAUGGUCACAGCCAACUACCUGCCCCUGGGAGCAGAUCCAGAGGCCAUCACAUUAAGGGAAGGCCAGUACGUGGAGGUCCUUGAUUCAGCCCACCCACUCAAAUGGCUGGUUCGAACCAAGCCCACUAAGUCCAGUCCUUCCCGGCAAGGCUGGGUGUCACCUGCUUAUCUGGACAAGAGACUAAAGCUUUCACCAGAAUGGGCAGCCGCUGAAGUGCCAGAGUUUCCUGGGGAGUCAGUCUCAGAGGAUGAGUAUAAGAAGAGGCUAACCGUCAUCAUCCAGGAGCUGCUGAGUUCUGAGCAGGACUUUGUCAGUGCCCUCAACUUCCUACAAACCCACCAUUUGCAACACUUGGAGUCCUGCCCCAGUGUGCCUGCCUCUGUGUCCAGCCAGAAACCCAUCAUCUUCCGGAACAUAAGCGACAUUGGCCAUUUCCAUGCCAAUUGCUUUCUCCAGGAGUUACAAAAGUGUGACACAGACGACGAUGUGGCCAUGUGCUUCAUCAAGAAUGAAGGAGACUUUGAAAAGUACAUCCAGUACCUGGUGGGCCGCGUGCAGGCUGAGUCUGUGGUCGUCAGCAAGGCCAUCCAGGAGUUCUACAAGAAAUAUUCCGAGGAGAAGCUUUCGGGAGCUGAUCUCUCCCAGCCUCCCUUGCCUCCCCUGCAGCACUACCUGGAGAAGCCCAUCCACCGUAUCCAGCAAUACCAGACUGUUAUCAAGGAGCUGAUCCGUAACAAGGCACGAAAUGGGCAGAAUUGUGCUCUCCUGGAACAGGCCUAUGCAACUGUGUCUGCCCUCUCCCAGCGGGCCGAGAACAAGCUCCAUGUCUCACUCAUUGAGAACUACCCUGGGACUCUGGAGGCUCUGGGGGACCCCAUUCGCCAGGGUCACUUCAUCGUGUGGGAGGGAGCCCCCGGAGCCAGGAUGGGCUGGAAGGGCCACAACCGGCAUGUCUUCCUCUUCCGGAACCACCUGGUGAUCUGCAAGCCCAAACGGGACUCCAGAACAGACACCUACAGCUAUGUCUUCAGAAACAUGAUGAAGCUGAGCAACAUCGAUGUGAAUGACCAGGUAGAGGGGGAUGACCGGGCCUUCGAGGUCUGGCACGAGCGGGAGGACUCGGUUCGCAAAUACCUGCUGCAGGCUCGCACAGUCAUCAUCAAGAAUUCCUGGGUGAAGGAGAUCUGUGGAAUCCAGCAGCGGCUCUCCCUACCUGUCUGGAGCCCUCCAGACUUUGAGGAAGAGCUAGCAGACUGCACAGCCAAGCUGGGUGAGACUGUCAAACUGGCCUGCCGGGUGACCGGGACCCCAAAGCCCAUUGUCAGCUGGUACAAAGACGGGAAGCCAGUGGAUGUCGAUCGUCACCACAUCUUUAUAGAGGACCCCGAUGGUUCCUAUGCCCUCAUCCUGGACAACCUGACGGGUGUGGACUCAGGACAGUACAUGUGCUUUGCCGCCAGUGCAGCUGGCAAUGCCAGUACUCUGGGGAAGAUCCUGGUGCUGGUCCCUCCACGAUUUGUGAACAAAGUCCGAAAUGCCCACUUUGUGGAGGGUGAAGACACUCAGUUUACAUGCACCAUCGAGGGAGCUCCUUACCCCCAAAUCAGGUGGUACAAGGAUGGCACUCUGCUGACCGAGGGCAGCAAAUACCAGAUGUUCAAUGAACCCCGGAGUGGAGUGCUGGUACUAGUGAUCACGAAGGCCUGCCAGGAGGACAUGGGGCAUUAUGAGUGUGAGCUGUCAAACAAGCUGGGAUCAGCCCGCAGUGGAGCUGAGCUAUUGGUGCAGAGUACAGCCCUACUGGCGCAGGAGAAGAGAGGAGAACAAGCGAUCACCAUCGAAGUCACCGAGCAAGAGACUAAAGUGCCCAAGAAAACCAUCAUCAUAGAAGAGACAAUAACUACAGUGGUGAAGAGUCCCCGGGGGAGGCAACGGACAUCUCAUAGCAAGUCUCCCUCUCGUUCACCUUCCCGUCGCUCAGGUCCUCAGACCCCAAGGCCCAGCAUGCUGACCCCAGAACCACUUUACUCUUCAGCAAGCAGGCAGCAGGUCCUGAGGUCAGAGUCCGAGGCUGUGAGGACAACUGUCAUUCCAGAACUAUAUGUCACUGAGGUUGGGGGGCACCAUGCGGCAGCAUCCAGAGCCACCAUUGUGGAAACCAGAGUGGGAGAGCAGAGACCUAAAUGCAUAGAAGUGGAAGAGAUCAUUGAGGUCAAAGUGAAGAAAUCUGACCAGAGGAGUGCUUCUCCAUCUAGGCCAGAGAAGGACCACUCAGGAGUACUAACUUUCACUCUUCCCAGCUCAAGGUCCAGGCCUUCCCCUGAAGAAGACCCCAACACAAAUAACUCUAACAACACAUUGAUGGCCCAAGCUAAAUUUUCCUCAUCUACUGAUGGUCUCUCAGAUAAACCUUCUGAGGUGGUCAGAACAGAACAGGUGGGAACCCUGGAAUCACCUGAAGACCCUAGCUUUCCCUGCAGCUCUGAUGAACUAGGUGAAGACACCCAUAUUGUUGGCCCAGCAGAAUGCCAUAGCUACCUCUGGGAGGGAACUGGAAAUGACCCUUCAGCAACUGUUCCCCCAGUAGAGGCCUGUGUUGGAGAGUCCUUUGUGUUUUGUUUUGAGACUGAUGAUACAGGAAAGGCUGAAGUUGUUUCUUUCCCAAAAAGCCCUCAACUGGAAGUCACUGACUCCAGUGAGCUACCCAGCUCUUGGGUUGCUAAAGAAGAGAUGGUUGCUGAGGAGGACCACGAGCACCCCAUGAUAGAGGAAGAAGAGAAGAAGAAGAAGAGAAGGAAGAGCAGGAGGAGGAAGAGGACAUGGACACCAUUAUAACUGAUGAGCCAGUAGAGCAAGAUGUAAUUGAUAUCCAAGGCCGUGACACCAAAAUCCUCACUCAUAAUGGCAAAGUAUUGACAUU